AUAAUCAGCCUUCUUGAAAUCAUAUGCAUCCUAUCAUCACCCUAUUGUAUAUUGUAACAUGAACAGAAGUCCUUUCAUGCACGUUGAAUAUUCUUCUUCUUCUCCUCUAUUCAAAUCAAUUGGUCUGGAAGCUAACAAAGCAAGCAGCCCUAACUGCAUGUGUCCAAAUCAGAAGAAAGUUGGUUGUGGCAACCACUAAUCAAACAUGUUCAGAACUACAAGAAGCUCUUGCUCUAAAAUAUGUACAGGACCAGACGGCAUGUCUCUUUCCGCCAGUUUAAUCUCCACUUGCUAUAUUUAUAAACCAAUUUCAAAGAUGAAUGGAAAUCAUUAUUCAAUGGGAGUUUCUAAAGACCUGUAGCAUGCAUAACCAAACAUUUUGUUUGUGUAUAAAUGUGUGGUUCAGUGUGUAAGAGAGAGAGAAGAGAGUUCAGAUCGACAUGAAUACAGGAGCUUGGACUACACAAGAGGACAAUAUCCUUGUAGAUUAUGUCGAAACUCACGGCGAAGGAAAGUGGAGCAAAGUUUCAAAGGAAACAGGUCUCAAGAGAUGCGGGAAAAGUUGCAGGGUGCGGUGGCUAAACUAUCUAAGAUCCAAUAUCAAGAGGGGCAAUAUCUCACCGGAGGACGAAGACCUCAUCAUGAGACUCCACAAGCUCUUAGGCAACAGAUGGUCUCUCAUUUCAAGGAGACUUCCAGGGAGAACAGAUACUGAAAUCAAGAAUCACUGGAACACUGUCAUAAGAAGAAGGAAGAUCAUCAAUAGCAAGAAGCAAUGCAUAUCAGAAAACAAUAAACGGAACAACAAACCUUCUGUUGGGAGCUCCCAUUUGCUGUUGACAGACUCUGAUGCAGUCCAUACGAAUCCGGCAAGAAUAAUGAAAGUUGGUAAAGCUGUUCACCAACAGUCACAUAAUGACGAAAAUCUUGAAACUGAUGUUGAUUGAACCAAAGCAAGAGGGAAAGUCGGGCAAUGGUAAUGUGGUAGUGGAACCAGAACCUAGUAGUGAUACAUCAAUCUCUUCCACAGAGGGUAACUCACCAGACCACAUAAUGAGUUGCUACUUAGAGCAGCUUUUGAGGUCUGAUAUUCCAGCUUCAGAAUUCUGGAAAUUAUGCAACUUUGAUAAUGAUGAUACAGCUGCACAAAGUUUAAUCGGUUACAAAAACAAAUAGAAAAGGCUUUGUGAUUCAUCUCCUGAAUGUUUAAAUCAUUCUUUCGGAUAAUCAAGUUUUGCAUUUCCUGAUUGUAACGUGGAUCAUUCACCUCUACUUCAACAUUUGAAAUCAAACUUAAUGCCUUAUAAAGGAUCUUCCAACCCUGUUGAUGAUCAAGACAAUGUUUUCUUUAUGUUGGCAAAUUCGGGAGCAUAAAAAUGAUAAUUUUGUUGUGGUUAGUGGUUACUGCAUCCUACUUAUUUUCUUAACCGUGCACCUGGGCAGCAUAAAUAUGAGUCAUUUUACUAGAAAUAAUAUAUUGCAGGCCUUCUCUGCCGAAAUAUGAGUCAUAUUACUAGAGAUAAUGCAGGCUUUCUCAUAAAAGUCACUUCAGUACCUGCAUGUUUUUGUUCUGAAAUUCAGUCCCCUCAAGGAAAUUACACUAUAUGAGGGAAUUAAUGUUAUUUGUUUUUGUUUUUGUAUAUCAGUAUCAAUGUAGAGAAUAGUCAGAAUACUAUUGCGUCAAUGUUAUUUGAGCAUUCAAUUCGUUUGUAUUUAGAGCAUGAGCCUGCUUAAUUAUUG